GCCCCGCAGCUCAUCUUCCGCCCGGAAGCCUGGACUCAGCGGCCGCGGCCGCGUCCCGCUCGCAUGUCCGGAGCCCGGCAGCCCCGUCGCCGCCCGGAGCCUGGGACCCGGUGGAAGGCUUCAGGUGAUUUUAUCGCCAGAGGGCAGGGGUUCCCCUCUGGCCCUGGCAGAGAAAUGAAUCUAAGCCGGUGAAGCUAUAUCUCAAAUGAAGCUGGCGUAAGACUUCACAGAACUCCAGUCUCCCAGUCUGGGCACUUACCCUGGUCUCCAGUGUCAUGUGGUACGUCAGCACUCGGGGGAUGGCCCCACGGGUCGACUUUGAGGGGGCCCUCUUCUCUGGCUAUGCUCCAGAUGGGGGCCUCUACAUGCCCGAGGAGCUCCCACAGCUGGACAGAGAGACCCUGCGUCAGUGGAGUACGCUCUCCUACCCCGACCUGGUGAAGGAGCUGUGUGCCCUCUUCAUUGGCCCUCAGCUCAUUUCAAGGGAUGACUUAACCGGUCUGAUCGACCGAGCCUUCAGCCGAUUCCGACACAAAGAGGUGGUCCAUCUGUCCAGGCUGAGGAACGGGCUGAACGUGCUGGAGCUGUGGCACGGGGUCACGUACGCGUUUAAGGACCUGUCCCUGGGCUGCACCGCACAGUUCCUGCAGCGCUUCCUGGAGAAGAGGAAGCAGCGCGUCACUGUGGUUGGGAGGCUUCCUCCUUCAUCCCAUCCAGGAACUUCUGGGGACACUGGGAGUGCUGCCAUCGAGAGUGUUCAUGGGGCAAAGAAUGUGGACAUCAUCGUCCUGCUGCCCAAGGGUCACUGCACAAGGAUUCAGGAGCUCCAGAUGACAACGGUGCUGAGGGAGAACGUCCACGUGUUUGGAGUGGAGGGGAACAGUGAUGAGCUGGACGAGCCGAUCAAGGCCGUGUUUGCAGACGUGGCCUUUGUCAAGAAGCACAAUCUGAUGAGUCUGAAUUCAAUCAACUGGUCCCGGGUCCUGGUGCAAAUGGCCCACCACUUCUUCGCCUAUUUCCGGUGUGCACCAUCCUUAGACACGGACCCCCUGCCCGCUGUGGAGGUGGUUGUGCCAACAGGGGCUGCUGGUAACCUGGCAGCCGGGUGCAUUGCUCAGAAGAUGGGUCUGCCCAUCCACCUGGCCGUGGCGGUGAACUGCAAUGACAUCAUCCACAGGACUGUCCAGCGGGGAGACUUCUCUCUGUCCAGGGCAGUCAAACCAACCUUGGCAUCAGCGAUGGACAUUCAGGUGCCCUACAACAUGGAGAGGAUCUUCUGGCUGCUCUCCGGCUCUGACAGCCAGGGGACAAGAGCCCUCAUGGAGCAGUUUGAAAGGACCCAAAGUGUGAGUCUGCCUGAGGAGCUGCACAGCAAGCUUUCAGAGGCAGUAGCGUCUGAGUCGGUGUCGGAUGAGACCAUCACCCAGACCAUGAGCCGCUGCUGGGAAGAGAACUGGUACUUGUUGUGCCCUCACUCGGCCGUGGCCGUGAGCUACCAUUACCAACAGACAGACAGGCAGCAGCCCAGCCCUCCCCGAUGCUGUCUGGCUCCCGCCUCUGCCGCCAAGUUCCCGGAGGCUGUGCUGGCCGCCGGGCUGACCCCAGAGACCCCCCCGGAGAUCCUGGCCCUGGAGAGCAAGGAGGCGCGCUGCGCCGCCAUGCGGAAGGGUGACGACUGGACGCUGAUGCUUCGGGACACGAUUGAGAAGCUGAGCCGGCAGCAGGUGAUCAGUGCCUGAACGCCCCGGAAUAGCCAGGCCGGGGCUGGCUUCCUUUAGGCUGCGGACCCGGACGCCGUGCCCUCCGAGCUCUGUACACCUCAUCCUCGUUGAGAGUCGGUGCAGGAGGUUCUCAAGGGGCUGCUGAGCGCAGUCUGGACCCAGCCGGCUGUGCUCUGCGGCUGCUCUGGGUAGUGCCUGGUCACUGGAGACGGCGGGGGUCGUGGGUGAUGGAUGGCAGUGCGCAAAUGAAACAGGCUCCACCUCGGCUCCAGGACUUUGGACCCCAGGCCCUAUACCUGUGCAGGUGGGGGCCACUCACUCCAUUAACACAUAUUUGGGGCUCAUGGUCUCUGAGCCUUAGUUGAUCUCGUCCACAAGCCACAUCCAGAGGUCUUGGCCUGCCUUGUCAGAGGUUUCCAUCCUGUUAAAAUGUUGGGAAUCCCUGGAAUAAAAGUGCACGUUCUGUGUGA